AUGUCAACUCCCAUUCCAGCACCUCCUGGGAUACCUUUGAUCGGUAAUGUCUUAGAUGUCGAUCCGAACAAUGCCAAUGACAGUCUCACCCAUCUGGCGAACAAAUAUGGACCAAUCUUUAAGAUAAACGUCUUCGGACGAGAGAGAUACAUCAUCAGCUCUGUUGAACUGCUCAAUGAAGUGUGUGAUGAGAAACGCUUCUGCAAGGUUGUCUCUGGAGCUUUGGACCAAGUCCGAAACGGUGUAGGUAAUGGCCUUUUCACGGCCCACCACGGAGAGCACGACUGGGAAGUUGCUCAUCGAACACUUGUACCCGCUUUUGGCCCAAUCGGGAUCCACGACAUGUACGACGAGAUGUACGACAUUGCGACUCAGUUGAUUGCAAAGUGGGCUCGCACAGGCCCCGAGCAGAAGAUCGCGGUGGCCGAUGACUUCACUCGACUCACAUUAGAUUCUAUCGCCCUAUGCGUAAUGGACAAGCGCUUCAAUUCCUUUUACUCGGAAAAGAUGCACCCCUUUGUCGAUGCUAUGGUGGGUUUCCUACUCGAGUCUGGCAGGAAGGCGACGCGUACCAGGAUCGGGGACUUAUUCAACAGAACGGCGGAGCGCGAGUACUAUGAAAAUAUCGCGACCAUGAGAAAUGUGGCACAGGAGAUGGUUGACCACCGGAGAGCCAACCCGACUGAUAAGAAAGAUCUGCUCAAUGCAAUGCUCUUUGGAAAGGACCCAAAGACUGGAGAGAAAAUGACAGACCAGAGUAUCAUCAAUAACAUCAUCACAUUUCUCAUCGCAGGCCAUGAGACGACGUCCGGAUUACUCUCAUUUGCCUUUUACCAGCUUUCGAAGAAUCCCGAAGCAAUGCGAAAGGCUCAACAAGAGGUCGACGCUGUCGUCGGGAAAGGACCGGUCACUGUCCAGCACAUGUCCAAAUUACCUUACAUUGAAGCUGUUAUGAGGGAAACUCUCCGGCUUAACCCGACCGCUCCAGGCUUCUCAGUCACAGCCCUGCCAUCGGUGCCUGGACCAGUGGUUCUCGCUGGCAAGUACACAAUCCCACACGGCAUUCCGAUAGUUGUUCUGCUUUCCAAGGCAGGACGUGACCCCAUGGUCUACGGUGCGGAUGCGGAUGAGUUCAAACCAGAGAGGAUGUACGGGGAGAACUUCACAAGGCUGCCGCCGAACGCGUGGAAGCCUUUUGGAAAUGGAGCUCGUGGGUGCAUUGGAAGACCUUUUGCCUGGCAAGAGGCAAUUUUGGCGAUCGCCCUGAUUCUUCAGAAUUUCAACAUCAGAAUGGAUGAUCCAUCAUAUCAACUCCAAAUCCGACAGACGUUAACCGUCAAGCCGGACAACUUCUUCAUCCGGGCCACACUGCGCGAAGGUAUCAACCCGGUGACUCUAGAAAGGAAGAUGUAUGCGGGGCUUGAGGUUGAAGACGCUCACAAGAAAGAUCGGAGUGCUUUGGCAAACAAGGUCGGGAACGCCGGCAAGCCGAUGCUGGUCCUUUAUGGCUCAAAUUCUGGCACUUGCGAAGGGCUGGCGCAGAAUCUUGCCAAUACAGCCGGCAACCGAGGCUUCAAAGCCACCGUCAAGUCCUUGGAUGCGGCAGUAGACCAGAUCCCCGCCGACCAACCUGUCAUUAUCAUUACUGCCAGCUACGAGGGGAAUGCACCCGACAAUGCUGCAGCUUUUGUGGACUGGAUCAAGAUCGUUGAUGCGGACAAGGUCAAGGAGACGCAGUACGCCGUCUUUGGUUGUGGCCAUCAUGACUGGGUCAGCACCUUCCAGAGGAUCCCGAAGCUGAUUGACCGGGAGUUUGGUGCCAGAGGAGCCAAAGUUAUUGCGGAACGUGGGGAAUCUGAUGUGGCAGAAGGGAAAGUUUUCGACGACUUUGAUUCCUGGGUUGAUGAGAAGCUCUGGCCAGCUCUUUCGGUCGAUCCUGAUGGUAAUGAGGUUGCUGAAGGUCUGGACAUGGUCAUCAGUACAAGCGCCCGCGCAUCUCACCUCCGCCACAACGUACAGGAGGCACUGGUUCUGAAGAACGAACUGUUGACGGACCCAAGCAUUCCAGAGAAACGACAAACCGAAUUCAACUUGCCUACAAGUACGACAUAUGAAGCGGGAGACUACCUCGCAUUGCUGCCACUCAACAGCGUCCAGACGAUCUCAAGGAUCCUCCGUCGGUUCGGAUUACCGUGGGAUGCGUUCAUGACUCUUGCGAAAGGGGCACAUACCACCAUCCCCACCGGAACCGCAAUCGCCGUCUCAGCAGUGCUCGGUGCGUACGUCGAACUCAACAACCCCGCGACUCGCAAGAAUAUUGCUACCCUCAGCAGAUAUACCAAAGAUGACUCGAUCGAGAAGGAACUUCUGCCCAACGUACAAGGGCUGUCAAUCCUGGACAUUCUGGAGAAAUAUCCGAGUAUCGAGCUCCCUUUCGCCGUGUAUCUGUCGAUGCUCACACCCAUGAGAAUCCGGCAGUACUCGAUUUCCUCGUCGCCGCUCGACGACCCCACCAAAGCCAGUAUCACCUACUCGGUGGUCGGUUCGGAUCCGAAGCAUCUCGGCGUGGCGACUAAUUAUCUCAGGGGUCUUCAACCAGGCUCACGGGUGCAGCUGACGAUCAAGAAGUCUCACAAGAGCUUCCACCUGCCCUUGAACACGAAGACACCCAUGAUCAUGGUCUGCGCCGGCACAGGACUCGCGCCUUUCCUCGGUUUCGUCCAAGAACGCGCCGCACGACUCGGUGCUUCCGGGGAUCGUGAUGCUUUUGGGGAAGCACUCUUGUUCGUCGGUUGUCGCUACCACGACAAGGACAGACUGCACGGCGACAAGCUCGAUCAGUGGGCCCGUGAUGGUGUCGUGAAGGUGUUUUAUGCAUUCAGCCGCGAGCCAGAACGUUCCGAAGGAUGCAAGUACGUCCAGGACAGGCUGUGGAAGGAGCGAGGUGCGGUGAGCGAAUUGUUCGACAGUGGUGCCAGGGCGUACAUUUGUGGCAGUGGCGCGUUGGGAAAAGGCGUGGCCGAUGUCGCUGCUCGGCUUGCCGUGGAGAACUCGAAGAAAAAGGGCAAGGACAUCACGCAUGAGCAAGGACUGAAGUGGUGGGAUGGGCUGAGGGGCGAGCGGUAUGCUGUCGAUGUUUUUGAUUGA